AUGAUUACUCUAAAUUUUAUACAAUUAUAAACUGUUUUGUUUAUCUUAUGUUUAAUUCACAAGGUUUAAUCAAAUAAUGAUCAAAAGUAAUGUUAAACUGUUUUAUUAAAAUAAAAUGAAAAAUAUUGUGAAUUAAGAGAAAUAAAUACUUUUUUUGUUGGAUAAAGAAGUGAUAAUUUAACUAAUAUUAAUACAUUAUAGAGUUAUGAAGACUUAAUUUAAAUCUCAAAUGGACCAAUAUUAUAUUCAAAGGAUGAUAUAAUUAUUUCUAUUAAAUUUAGAGAACUUAUUGAUGAAAAUGAAAUUUGUUCAUUUAUUUAUAAUCCUCAAUUAAAUACUUAUUCUAUAAAUUGUAUUUCAACACAACCAACUUAUAUCAUAGAUAAUCAGAUUAUCAUACAAAUUAACAAUCAGUUUAAUAUUUUAAUAUAAACAGAAUAAAACUUUAAUUGUUCCUAAUUUGAUUAUAACAAAAUAGGUUUCGCUAUAUUUUGCUUUUCAUCUGAUUAAAUUAAACUUUACUAAUUAUAAAAGGAAUAAGAAUAAUUCAAAUAAACAAUUAUAUAUUAAUCAGAAAUUCUUAAUUUAUCAUGUCUUUUAAAAUUUCACUACUAUUCUAAUAUAUUUUUUAUAAUCUAUUUUUCAUGUUAAGGAUGGAUAAUUCAUGUUUAUGAGAAUAAUUCUUUCAAAUUAUAAAUUGAUCAAAAUUUAUUAAGUGAAAAAUAUAAUACAGAAGGAAUUCUACUUGAUGUUCUUACAUGUUAACAUAAUAUUUUUAUGUUACUUUCCUCAGGUGGUUAUUAUUACCAUAAAGAAUAAUUCAUACUAUUAUUUAAGGCAGAAAAUCUAAAUUUAAAAGACAUUGUAUUUGAAUUUGAUUUUCAUUGUAACCUAAGAACAGCUGUGAAAAGUUAAUCAGAAAAUUAUGUUAUAUAUUCUCUUCCUAAAAAAUUUUAAGAAAUAAUUUUUAAUACAAAAGAGUUACCAUAAAAAGUCUUUUAAAUUUCAAAUCCACCUUGCAUAUUACUUAAGUAUGAAAAUUAUGUAAGUUUUUAUGUAAAUGAACUUGUUUAUCAAACUAUAACAAUUAAAAUUUCACAUUUAAUUUAAUUAUCAAAUUAAAGAAUUUAUAUUGGAAUAGGAGAAGAAAAUUAAAUUAAAUUAUUUUAGAUUAAAUAUUCUAAACCAUGUCUACCAUAUUAUAAUGAUAAUUAAAAAUACUCUAACUAUUAUCUUUAAUUUAUUGAUAAAUAUAAUCUAAAUUUUUAGAAAAUCAGCUUUAUUGAAUGUUAUAAACCCAUCAUAAUGGAUAAUGAUGAAUUAAAAAAGGAAUAUGCAAUUUUUAUUAAUAUUUAAAAUUAAAUUUAUUAUAUUCAAAGAAUAAAUUAUGAGGAAUCCUUCUAAGUAAGUUUUUUGGCAUCAUCUAUUUAAUCAAUAUAACCUUAUAAAAUCAACUUUCAAUCUCCAUUAAAUCAAAUUAAAUUUUAGGUAAAAAAUAAUGAAAUAAAAUGUAUAUUCAACCAUUAAUUAAAAAAUUACAAAGAGAAAUUUAUUAUUAAAACUAAAAAUGAUCUUAUUUAUUCUAUAAUCGUUUAAGGUCCUAAGAAUAAUAUUAUAGAAUAUCAUUGUUAGAGUUCACAAGACUAUAUUUAUCAAAAUAUUUUACCUUUAAAUGAAUAAUUAUUACAUAAAUUUAUAAAUUCAAAUAAUUUAAUACUCUUAGAUUAAUAAAAGAUGUGUUUAUAUAAAAUCUAAUUAGAUGAAUAAAAUUAAAAUGAAUUAAUUAGUAAGAUAUUGUGUUUAGACUCAUAGGUUGAAAAGAUAUUUAGUUUAAACAAUCAAAUCAUCUUUAAAUUGAAGGAUUAACCAGUAUUCUAUAAUAUGUUUUCAAAUCUAGGUUAAAUAAAAAUCGAAUAAAAUUUCAUGUUAGGUUAAAUAAAAAAUUAGAAUUUUUAAGAUAUUUUUUAAAUAUAAAUUGAUUUUUAUGGUGUUUUGUACAAAGAUUAAUUACAUCUAAUACACAAACAAGUUGUUGUAUAAAGUAUAAAUAUAUUUAUAUAUAUUAGUUAUUAAUAUUAAGGCUGAGAUACUUGGAUUUCUAAGUAAUUCCCAAAGCAAUUUAAUCUCAAGUUUAGUGUUAAUAGAUAUAAUAAAAAAUGAAUUACAAUUUUAUGUUGUUUCAACAACUGAGUUUAUAAAAAUUAGAUAUUAUAAUUUAGGGAAUUAUGUUCCUGUUUAACCUUUGUAAUUUAAAAUAUUAGAAUCUAAAAUAAUAAUUUCAUGUUAACAUAAAAUAAAUAAAAAAAUUUACAUUUUGAUUAUGAACUGUGCCUUUUAAUCUAGUUUGCAUUUACUAUAAAAGGUUAUUGAAACAAGCAAUUAAUUUUUUUGGGUUUAGAGAUUUUAUAUAUAUUAUUUUGAUAACAAAAAUGAAUUGUCUUUUUAAGAUUUAUUGCACAUUAAUAUUGAAAUAUAAUAUUUAGAAUUUGAUAAUAAAAUUAGUUAAGAAAUUAUCAUUUAAAUUGAAAUAGAAUUAGAAAAUAUUGAAAUACCUCCUUUUAAAAAGGAUAUUAUGAUAACACUCAUUAAUCCAAAGAUUUUAAAAUUAAUAUAAACAGAUUAUAAUUUAUUGAUUAAUAAUAAUAAUCAAGAAGUAAAUUUUAGAAAUUUUAUUCUUGGAGAAAUUGACAAUAUUAUUUUAAAAUCAAAUGAUGAAUUUUAAUUAAGAUAUCCUUUAGAAAAAGAAAUGGUUUAAAUAUGUUAAUAUUAUUGUAAUAAGUUUUGUUUUUAAGUAAAUAAUUUUGAAUAUAUGACAUUUUUUAAAUUUGGAUUAUUUGAGAAUUAUUUAGUUUAUAAUUUUCAGAAGUAAAUUAAUAAUCUUCUAUUUGUGGAGAUUAUUAAGUAAGAUUUAUUUUUAUUUAUAAAUUAAAUAAAUAAUUAAACUAUUCUAAUAUCAUUAAUGUAAAUAAAAGAUAACUUCUUUAUAAUAUAAAAGUAAUUAAAUACGCAAAUAUUCAUUAAUAUAAAGAAUAUAUUCUUGAUGUAGAAUAUUUUAAUAAUUUAAACAAUUUAAUUUGAAUGUAGAUUUCUAAUUAAUGAUUAUGAUAUAAUUUAUGGAGAUAUUACUAAUUUCGAUACUUAAGGUUAAAUUUAUCAUAUAACAUCAGACUUAUAUUUAGAAGUGAUGAUAAAUUCUUUUUAAAAAGUUAUUGUUAUAAAUUUGUUUGAAUUAUUUAAUUCCAAACUCAUAAUUUAUAGAAAAUUUGAAAUAUUAAUUAUGAAUACUUCUAUGAAAAAUUUAUUCAUUGAUUUUGGAACUCCUAUAUUAUAAGAUUCCAUUUAAAUAAUAAAAUAAGAUUAUAAUUAAAAUAAGUAAUAACUUGAUUUGAUAUUAUUUAUAAUCAACAAGUAAGUUUAUGAUAUAUAAUUCUUAAUUCGUCUUUAUCUAAAUGAGCAAAAAUAUGAAUUUAUGAAUUAUAAAAUUCUAAGAUAUCCAAAAUCUAUUUAAUCCUGCAAAUAUAUUUUGUUAUCUGAAACAGAAGUUAUACUUGAAUGUGGAUUAACAAGAUAUUUUUAUGACAUAUAAAACUCUGAAUUCCUUUGUGAUUCAAUUUAUUCAUCAAAAAUACUUGAUUAAAUGGAGAUAUUAAAUAGUACACAUUAUUUAUUCAAAAAUCAUUUUUUAAACAAUUAAUCUGUUGUAUUAUCUAUAGGGAAAAGAGGAGGAUACAGCUUAUAAAAAUAAUCUUAAUAUAAUACUGAAUCAAUAUCACUUGAAUUUUAGGUUAUUAGUAUUGAUUAAAUGGGAACAAGUAAUAUAAAUUUUAAUUAAUUAAUAGAUUAAGUUAACCUUAACCUAUAAGUGAUUUAAAAAAGUUUUGAAUAGAAUGAAAUUUCUUAAUUAAGUAUAAUAAUAUUAUUAAUAAUUUUUAUAAUAUUUUUAGCAACUAUUAAAAUUCUCUAUAGAUAAUGUAAACAAUAAAAAUUGAGCAAUGUAAUUAAAAAAGAAAUUUCUUAAACUGAAUUAAUCUGA